AUGGCCGACGAAGGAUUGAUCAGCAACCUCGAUGAGGCGUGGAACAUCAACUACGAGGACCUCGACUUUGGCAAGGAGAUUGGCAAGGGCGGCUUUGGUUCCGUCUACGAAGGCGAAUAUUUUGGCACACCCGUCGCCAUCAAAAAGAUUGUGGAAGAGGACCCAGAUGGUCUGCUGUACCUGGAGCGCGAGGUGAACGUGCUCAAGGGCAUGCGCCAUCCCAACAUCGUCCAGUUCAUCGGUAUCGCCGUGCACGAGGGUGCGCUGUUCAUCAUCACCGAGUACGUGGACAACGGCAACCUGCGCAAGUUCCUCAAAGACUCGAAGAUCGUACGCCAUGGCAUCCCCUCCCAACCAUGCAAGAAUUGGUACCUUCACUCGCGCAACGUCAUCCACAGAGACUUGAAGAGCAAGAACCUCCUCGUCGGCGACAACUGGCGCCUGAAGAUCUGCGACUUCGGCUUUGCGCGGGUGAAUGCGUCCAACCGGCCGAUGACGCUGUGCGGCACCGACGACUGGAUGGCGCCGGAGAUGAUCAUGGGCUUCCAGUACGACAACAAGGUGGACGUGUUCUCCUACGGCAUCGUGCUGUGCGAGCUCAUCACGCGCGCCAAGAUCUCCGACCACCUCCAGCGAAAGCCUCAGGAGGCGUUCGGCCUCAACGUGAGCCAGCUCGAGAAGCUCAUUCCCGCCGACUGCCCGCCCGAGUUCGCGCAGGUGGCCAUCGAUUGCUGUGGAUAUGAGCCGUCGGCGCGUCCCUCGUUCAAGGACGUCAUCCGGCGCCUCAAGCCCAUCAUGAAGACCCUUCCGCCAUGGAACCCCUCGGCCACGCCCACCGCCGCGCCGCCGGCCCCCUACUCCCCCGUCAGCCGCACCCAGGCCGCCCCCGCCCGCCCCGCGCCCACCAAGGCCCCAGCGAUCAAGGCGCCGACGCCGACGGCCAGCCCGCCCAGGUCCCCCAACCCGUCGGCGGCGCCCAAGUUCACACCGCCGGCGGCCGCUCAGGCCAGGCCCGCCUCGCCCGCCGCCGCCUCUGCGGCAUCGCGGAGCAACGGCACGCCGUCGUCGCCCCUCGUGUCGAACCGGAGCGCCACCAUCGCGCCCAACAAGGCCCUCACCCCGCCCACGGUAGUCUCAGCGCCGGCGACCUCGCGCGCCUCGCCGGCCCCGACCGGUGGGUUCGGCUCCUCGCCCUCGGGCUCGCGCGCCACGCCCUCUGCCGGCCUUGGCUCCGGCGCCUCUGGCUCUCGGCCCCAGCCGGUCGCGGCUGCUCCCAAGCCGACGCCCGUGGCCGCUGCUGCUGCGCCCAAGCCGGCACCUGCUACUGCCGCAUCUCCCGCGGCUGGCGGGUUCGACGCCAACGGCAACCCAAGGUCCUCCGUCCGCUACGCAGGUGUGCGCCUGAAGAAGACCGGCGGCCAUGGCCUGUGGUAA